GCUCUGCUCAUGUGUUCGGUUUCCACGAAUUCUGCUCCAUGCUCCGCCCCAGUAACCUUGGGAACAGCCUCGCUGGGCGGAUGGUGCACCCAGCAUUUAAAGACUGGUUCCGACUUUAUCUGCAUUCCACAUCGUUCAUCACUCAGCCGGAGUUCCGUACGCAGCAUCAGGAAAAUCUCCGGGGCACAAGCUUGUCUAUCUGAUUGCAAGUUCUGUCGCAGGAUCAUUUCGGUUUAAGGAAACGCUUCGUCAGCUGUAAGUAGGUUGAAACAUGCCAAACUACAAGUUGACCUACUUUAAAAUAAGAGGGCGAGCUGAGACUGCUCGUUAUAUUUUUGCAUACAGUGGAAUAAACUACCAAGACAACACCAUUGACAUAAUGGAUUGGCCUAAUAUAAAAAAAUCUCUGCUCUUUCAACAAAUUCCGAUUCUGAAUGUGGACGAAACUGAAAUCAAUCAGAGCACUGCUAUUGCAAGAUAUUUGGCCAGAGAAACAGGCAUAGCAGGAAAAAGUAACCUUGAACAAGCUCAAGUGGAUGCCAUUGUGGACACAAUAAAUGAUUUCAUGAAUAUGUUCCCCUGGACUGAAAAGGACCCAGUUGUGAAACAAAAGAUAACAGAAGAUGUUUUUGCCAAUAAAAUCCCUUUGUUUCUGGAUGGUUUGAGCAAACUUUUGGGAGACCGAAUGUGGUUUAUUGGUGAUUCAGUUACUUGGGCUGAUUUUCACUGGGCCGUCUGUUCCAUCACCCUCACUAAUCUAAAUGUUGAUAUCUUGCACAACUAUCCCAAGUUAUCAGCUUUGAAAGAACGUGUGGAAGCUCUUCCUAAAAUCGCAGCCUGGAUAGAACGGAGACCAAAAACUCCAUUGUAAAAUUACAGCUUUCACUUAAAAUGCCUCGUACAUGAAAUGAAACCUUUUUUUCUACAAUGGUUUAAUUCUUUAAGCAUUAUUUCCACUUAGAAUCCUGGUUCUGCAAUAAUUGUUAUAGAUUACAAAUCUAUAAAUUCCUUUAGACAUGGACAGGCUGCAGGAAUUAAGCUUGUAUUCUCAAGUCGAGAGGGUUAAAGGGUGAUUGAGUGGAGAUGUUUAGUAAUUAUAUUCUGUGAUAGGAUAAGAAGCAGAACAUCAAGGGGGCGUAUGCUUCAAGUUAGAGCUAAGCCAUAUGGGUUAUAUCAGGAAGGACUUCCUUUACAUAAAAGCAGUAGAAAUCUCUCCCCAAAAUAUCCUGAAAUCGAGGACAAGGAACAGUUGGAAGUGCCAUAACAGAGGUGGAUAAACUUGGCUCGACGAUCUAACUAGGGAUGUUGAACCAAGUUAUGUAAAUGAAGUCAAAGAUCAGCCAUAUCUCAUCAAAUGCCAAUUCAGGCUCAAAGGAGUUGAAUGGCCUACUACUGUCUUUGGAUUAAUACAUUAGCAUUUGGCUUUAAUCAUUGCUGUAAUGUUUUGAGUAAAACUGAGAGGGCUGUUGUGGUGCAACAGUAGUACCUCUACCUCUGGAUCAGACAGCCUAGCUUCAAGUCCCACCUGCUCCAAAGCUGUGCCAGAAUAGGUUGGUGAGAAACAAAACGGAAAUUGCUGGAAACACUCAGGAGGGAAGGUUUCUGGUAGUAUCUGUGGAGAGAAAGCAAAGCAAAGGUUGAGUCCAGUGACUCUCCAUCAGAACCGAAUUCCGGCAUCCAGUUUGUUGCUUCUAGGGUGUUUAGAAGUAUCUUUGGGUGAAAGAGGACCAACAUUGUCAGGACUUUCUCCCCCAAUCAAAGCAAGAAAUUGCAAAAGGUGUGGUACCUACCCAGAGUAAGACUAACCGAUUUUAUUAAACAGACCAGGAAAUAUCUGGAAGUGGAAGCAGUCAAGAGAUGUUUGAAACAAAUAUUGUAAAAAGUAGUGUCUUAAGUUCUUAUCGAGGGAGUUUAAAGAAUCAUGUGAGCUGAAAGCUGAUGGUCUUUUCCCAGCAUUGUACUGGCAGUGAAUGUUGGAAGCAGUUGUGGGUGUUAAUGUAUUGCUGUGUGGCAAGUCAAAGGAGGAAGGGCUCCCAUUAUUAGAUCAAAGCGAGUUCUGGAAUAAUUGGAAGGAGAUAAUGAAACAAAAGGAAUCCAUUGGUGGGGGGGGUAUACGAUCAAAAUUAAAUGGUGGAGGGGUGCAGAUUAAGGGUUUAGGACUAGAUAAAGGGAACAGUAUUAAUCAAGCUCCAGUAGAAUCAGUUGAAAUUAAUUGAGAUCAAAUGUUAUCAAGGAGAUGGGAAAAUGUCAAGGGCAUGUAAAUACCAUGUUAUAGAACCAACUAAAAACAUUAAAUGAUGGGGGGAUAAAAGAGAAUAUGAUUCAAAAGCCCCAAAAUUUCGAGUUUGCUAAAGUGACAUUAAAAUGCAUAAGUAGUCAAACCAAAUUUGGGAGAGUUUUUGUGAAUAAUGUAAGAGUAAUUCAAAAUAAAUCCCAAUUUCUUGUUUUUUUUUAACCUCAGCCUCAAGUAAAAAGUCAUUUAAAGGAACAACUGGGUCUGCCUCAGAUACUUCCUAUAAAACUACCAUUAAAAACUUCAGUGACCUUAACCUCUACAGUUUAGGCAAAAAGUGAUUAAACUGCUCUGCUGUUUCUUCAUACCACAUGUUCUUCAGUGUAAAUUAGAGUAGCGCUGUGUAAUACAUUAGCUGCAAUGAAUAAUUGGAAAGUCUGAUGUGCCUCAUUGUACUUCUGAUAAAUAAAGAGAAUACUUCUGUGUG